AUGCAGGUCACUCGGGACACAUUCCCUGUCAUCUUUCCCAAGUUUGUGGAGCUCCUGAAGACGUGUGACUUUUACGCGUUUGAUGAGGAGAUGACGGGCAUCAACACGGCGGAGCUGCCAGAGACAAUCACAGACACACCUGAAGAGAGUUAUCGUGCCAAGCGCACCGUUGCCAGUCGUUACAAUAUUAUUCAGGUUGGAAUAUGCUUGUUUCACAGAGACGCCACAGCGGCCGGCUCCACUCCGGCGCAGUAUGUUGCUCGGCCCUUCAACUUUCUCCUCUUCCCUCACCACGCCGAUGACUUUACAGCGGAUGAACGGUCCAGAGACGUGGUGCUAAGCCCCUCCUCUCUGGCGUUUCUCCGCCGACAUGACAUGAACUUUCAGUCGUGGGUGUACCAAGGCAUGGCGUACUGUGACGCACGGCAGGAGGAGGCCCUGCGCAACAGAUACGCGGAAAAGUACCAGGAGAUGGACCGAACCCGCGGCGCCGAGAAGCAGGAGACGCAGGAAAUAAAUAUUUUGACGGAAGACGAGCGGAAGUGGUACAAUAACGCCGUAGCGCAGGCGCAGAGCUUUGCUGAACGGGUUCAAGCGGCGCUGGAACGUGCAAAGGGGAAGAAUGGCGGGCAGACGGCGGUUACGGCAGAGGUGGCCGCCUCCGUGGACCUCAUUCAGUCCGGUGGACGGGACGUUUUACUUCCGCCUCAACGAGGCAAGAGUGCCCGCGAGGCGCUUGAGCGGUAUAUAGCUCAGCACUGUCACAGUCUUUCCAUCACCUUUCGACGCCAGGGCGCGGUGCACAUUGGUGUGCUACGGGCGGUCUUUCCGGAGCAGCGCAGACGACUGCUUGAGAAAGAGCAAUCCUUCCGGGAACGAGAUCUGAUGAACAUGCUGGGGUUUCGUUUGGUGUUCAAGGCUCUUGUGUCGAGUAAAAAGCCCUGUGUCGGUCACAACUGCUUUGCUGACCUCCUCUUUUUGGUUGCUAGUUUGGAUGGCCCGUUACCAGAUACCCUGCCCGAGUUUAAGCUCCGCAUGCAGGAGUUAUUCCCUACUGUGUUUGACACGAGGUACGUUGCAACCCGUCAGGCGUUUUUCCCAGUGGGACGAUUUGGGGAUCGAUACUUGAGUGGCUUUUUUGGCGAGUACGGCUUUCGCUCCGCGCACGUGCAGGUGACACUUCCAUUGGGGUUUGAAUCCUACGACCCGCUCGCUGUCGGGGGCAAUGAACGCCGCCACAGUUCUGCCAGUGGUGACGGUGGUGGGCCGACGCAUGAGGCUGGGUACGAUGCUCUGCUAACAGGGACGCUGCUGCUCAACCUUCUUGCAGAGAUGGGGGGUUAUGACGUGGCGACGGCUCCCGAGUGUGUCGUGAAUCGCGUGGCCAUUUUCCGCUCCCUUUUUGCUCUCCAGCUGGAGAACCCCAGCGUCGAUGAGUAUCUUCCCGAGAGUGGAGUGCUGGACCUGCGACACGAGAAGGGCGUGAAGACCUAUCACAUUGAAUCCUGUUUUACCGCCUUGUCGUUGCAAGACGUCGAGCUUUACUCAGUUGAUGGGACACGGACGUUGGCCGUUCUUCCCUUCACCUGGUCUAAACUGGGGCCGCAUGAGCAGCGGAAUCCGGGAUGGCUUUCUACGCACAUGACUUCACGCUUUCCGCAGAUUUUUGAGGCUGCCGUGUAUCAACCCACCGCCACCUCCGUAAGCACCAAGGGUGCGUUUUACACGACUCCACGCGCGCUCAUGCGUGUUUGUCUUCACUCCGCUUUGAGGUGA